AGUCAGUGGUUUGCAUGAGACGCCAUUUUGAUUUUACCAUUUGAGGUUUCUUUUGGACGUUUUGAAUGUAAAGGAUUUCAAGAAAUAUUGAGUGAAGAAAAAAAGUAAGGAAAUAUGACCACAGCAGCGAGACCGACCUGGGACACUGCAAAAGGAGGACGAGGAAAAGGAGAGGGAGAUCUUUCCGCAUUAUCAAAGCAGUACUCUAGUCGAGACUUACCAUCGCACACAAAACUAAAACACAGGCAAACAGGUCAAGAUACAGUUGAAGAAGUCCGCAGCCGAGACUUCCGCAAAGAUUUGGAAGAGAGAGAACGUCAAGCAGCACGCGAGCGAGUUAAGGAGAAAGGAAAUAGAUCAGCAGUUGAACAGCCAAAGAGACCCCGACUUGAUCAACCACCUCCCUCAAAUCUAGAUGCAGAUGAUCCAGUUGAUGAUGAUGAUGACUAUGAUUCUGAUGAAAGUGAUGAUGAAGAUGACACAGCAGAACUUCUUGCUGAGCUGCAGAGAAUAAAAAAAGAAAGAGCCCAAGAGGAAGCUAAAAAGGAGAGAGAAAAGAAAGAAGAAGAGGAACGAAUAAGAAUGGAAAAUAUCAUGACAGGAAAUCCUUUACUCAGUGCACAGAACAAUUUCAAAGUGAAGAGGAGAUGGGACGAUGAUGUUGUAUUCAAGAACUGUGCAAAAGGAGAGGAUGGAAAAAAGGAACAACACUUCAUCAACGACACCUUACGUUCAGAAUUCCACAAGAAAUUCAUGCAAAAAUAUGUAAAAUAAUGAAAAUGAGGUGACUGUUAUCAAGACAACUUUGCAUACAAAUAUCUUCUUCUGGUAACAGUAAAAUGCUGGGUAGCAACUAUUAUUAGAGAGAACUUUGCUUUCCAAGAACUGAGAAUGCUUUUAUUGUAAGUAGGGAGACCUUGUUCAUUUAUCUCUCAUAUGCACUCCAGUUCAUUUCUCAAGAUGGUCUCAUCUGAUAUCCUCACACAGAAGGAGAGCAUGUCUGCUUGUGAAGCAGUGUACUAAACUACAUUCAUUCAACUUACAACCAGUUUUUUCCAUCUAAUUUCUGAUCAUCUGAUUGAUCAUAAAUUAACCAGUGUUAUUUAAGUGUGGUGAAUAUUUUUCCUGGAGUUUUUUUGCUUUCGCUUGUCUAAGAAACAUGUGAUAGAAAGUUAGAAAGGGAAUGUGAGAAUUUGCAAACUUUUUUAAUUCUAUAGUUUAGAAAAUGGUUUUUGGAGUAGUACCUCCCAUCAUGUGAAUACUUAGUCAUCUGCUCCAGUCAAUCUCUUCUGUAAUCUCUUUACAUAAAAAAAAACCUGAAGGAUCUUAAUUCCAGUGAAAUAAAAGCAUCUUUUGCUGA